UAAUGGCAAAAGAAGAAUGCAUUUUUCAAUGGGACAAAUCCAGGGAUACUUCCACACUUCGAAACAGGAACAUCUGCCCUCCAGCAAAGCAGAAAUACUCAGUCAGUCCUGUGUCAAAGGACAAAACCAGUCCAACAGCUGGGCGUUUGUUAGAAGAUGACACCCAGUCCUGGAAUGGAUCAGCUUCCUCCUCAUCACCCAGAGCCAGAGGAAGGGAUGAUUCCCCAGCUAAAGUGGGGCUGAUGCUGGUGGUUGGGCUGUCAUUUGCUACACGCCUUUACAAGAUAGCAGAGCCCCCACAUGUGUGCUGGGACGAAACUCACUUUGGAAAGAUGGGAAGCUACUACAUCAACAGAACCUUCUUUUUUGAUGUUCAUCCUCCUCUUGGAAAAAUGCUGAUUGGUCUUGCUGGUUAUGUUACUGGCUAUGAUGGCUCCUUUCCUUUUGUAAAGCCAGGAGACAAAUAUGACCAUCACAAUUACUGGGGGAUGAGAGGAUUUUGUGCCAUUCUGGGCUCCUUUCUUCCAGUUUUUGCCUACCUCAUAGUGCAAGAGCUGUCUCAGUCUCUCACUGCUGCGCUCAUCACUGCCACCCUGCUCAUAUUUGACACAGGCUGCAUCACCAUCUCCCAGUACAUCCUGUUAGACCCCAUCCUCAUGUUCUUCAUCAUGGGAGCUGUUCUGAGCAUGGUGAAGUUCAACCAACAGAGGUGCAGUCCUUUUUCUGCCUCCUGGUGGCUCUGGCUCCUGCUGUGCGGCAUCAAUCUUGCUGGGGCUCUCGGGGUGAAGUUUGUGGGUCUGUUUGUCAUCCUUCUGGUGGGACUGAGCACAGUCUGGGACCUCUGGGAACUUUUGGGAGACCUGAACCUUUCACUGAUGGACUUCGCAAAGCACUUUCUGGCUCGGGUCGUUGGGCUCAUUCUGCUUCCUCUCUUCCUCUAUAUUACAAUAUUUGCGGCCCACUUUGUUGUAUUAAACAAAAGUGGGCCCGGUGAUGGUUUCUUCAGUUCUGCCUUCCAGUCCCGGCUAAUAGGAAACAAUUUGCACAACGCGUCCAUGCCUGAGUAUCUGGCAUAUGGCUCCAUCAUUACAGUGAAAAACCUCCGUAUAGCUGGAGGUUAUUUACACUCGCACUGGCAUUUAUACCCAGAGGGAGCAGGGGCAAAGCAGCAGCAGGUGACAACUUACCUCCAUAAGGACCAAAACAACUUGUGGCUCGUUCACAAACAAGAUGAUGAUUCUCAGUCUGGUACUCCGGAUUUGGUUCGACACGGUGACAUCGUCCGAUUGGAGCACAAAGAAACAACCCGUAACCUUCACAGUCACCUCCAUCAAGCUCCUCUGACCAAGAAACAUUUUCAAGUUACAGGUUAUGGAGCUAACGGAACCGGGGAUGCUAAUGAUCUGUGGAAGGUGGAAGUGUGCGGCGGUCGGAAAGGCGAUCUGGUGAAAGUUCUGCGCAGCAAAGUUCGCUUUCUGCACAAGGCUACGGGCUGUGUGCUGUACUCCUCUGGAAAGACUCUUCCCAAGUGGGGCUGGGAGCAGGUCGAAGUGACCUGCAGUCCCUACUUGAAGGAAACUUCGAGCUCUCAGUGGAAUAUUGAGGAUCAUAUCAAUCCCAAACUGCCCAACAUCAGCCUUUCUGUAUUGAAGCCCAGUUUUCUGGAAAUCUUACUGGAGUCCCACAUAGUUAUGAUACGAGGUAAUAGUGGCUUGAAACCUAAAGAUAAUGAAAUGAACUCCAAACCUUGGCACUGGCCAAUCAACUACCAGGGGCUGAGAUUUUCAGGCGUUAAUGAGACAGAGUAUCGCGUUUACCUGCUGGGAAACCCUGUGGUUUGGUGGAUAAAUCUGGCCAGUUUAGGAUUGUAUCUCAUCAUGGUAGCAGUGGCAGCUGUAGUCGUUCAAAGAGGAUUCUCACUGGGCAAAGAAAGAACUGAGCAUUCACGUGUGCUCAAGGGAGGAGGAGGACUGCUGCUGCUCGGCUGGCUGCUGCACUAUGCCCCCUUCUUUAUUAUGGGCCGCGUUCUCUACUACCAUCACUACUUUCCUGCUAUGCUCUUCAGCAGCAUGCUAACAGGAAUGACACUGGACAUCUUUUUAAGAAGUACCAAUCUGCUCCUUCACCCUCCUUAUUCUGACUGGCUGCAGAAAGGCGGGCUGACGGUACUCUUCUUUAGUGUUCUGUACAGUUUCUACCUUUUUCAUCCGCUCUCCUACGGCAUGACGGGUCCUCUAGCACAUGAAGCAGGCAGCGCCAUGUUUGGUCUAAAGUGGAUGGACUCCUGGGAGUUCUAGUCAUUCCCCACAGCAUCAUAACACUAAUGUUUUGUAUUUCUGCAAUUCUGG